CAUAUUUGUAAAUUUCAUCAAUGUUACACUAUAUAUUGUAUAAUCAAUCCACUUCUCGACAAUGACUGAUAUAUAUAUGUAUCUUGUGAACUUUUAAUAAACGAACGAAUGAAGAAUAUAUAUGGAUCAACACAGACAUACAUAGUGUGACAUAGAAACAUGAAAACCCACUCGUAGAUAUAUAUGUAUAUAUACAUAUAUAUAUAUUCCUAUGCGUAAUUGUUUAUAAAUAUUUGUUACAUACUACUUAUUAUUCAGUAUAAUAUUUCGUUUCUAUUUUGGUUCAUUUCUGUAAAACUAAUUAAAAUAACAUUACUAUUGUUAUCAUUAACAAACAUAACACAUAUUGAAAUGUCAUGUUCAUGGAAGUAUUUUUAUAGUUAUUGAUUUAUUCAUUGAAAAUUAUCAGACCUAAUGUUUACAUACCUUUUUUUAUGAUGACUUAUAAAAGCAAGUGAUUAACACAUUGUUUAUGUUUAUCGCAAUGUAUCAUCAAUUUAUGUCAGUAAAUGGUUUACAAUUUCAUUAAAUAAUUAUGACAAUAUAAGGCGUCAUGUGGAAGAAAUGUUGUACUAUAAGCUGUAUAAAAUGUAGUGAUCAUCAUCAUCAUCAUUCUCAACCGAAGUUAAAUCAGAAGAAUAAAUCGAAAUUGAAAACAAUUAAGCAUCCUUCAACAAAUUCAGAACAUAGUCGGUCUUUAUUAUUAGUGAAUUCUUCAAAUACAAAACAUGCAGAAAAUAAUUAUAAUGUGAAUUCAAAAUGUGAUAAUUUGACCACUUCUAUGAUCACCAGUAGAGAUUAUCAAGUGGAGACUCAGAAUAUGGUAGACGGUAGUGAUCAUAGAAGCAUGACGACAACAGUAACUACUACUGACACUACAACAACAACUGACGUGGCCACUACAUCUACUCCUACUUCCAUUAAUAGCAGUACAACUUCAGAUUUAAGUAAAAUAACUUUAUAUCAACCUGGAUCUAACGGUAAAUAUAGUCAGCAUUCAUCACAGAUUAAUCCAAUGAAUAAAAACACUGUAAAUAUCACCACUACUUCUACCAUUACUGCUGAUACCAACGAUAUAAUUAAUGGCGAUACUCAUGGAUCAAAAGAUAAUAGUCUGACCCCCCUCACAUUGUCUACUAUAACUAGUUCAUCUGUAAUAAUGCGUCCAGGUAAACAAUUAGAAUCUUUUGUACACAGAAUCGAAAAAGAUGAGGAAGGCACUAGGCCAUUUAACCAGUUGUUUAGGCGAUCUGUUUCCAAUAUACAUUUCACAACGAAUAAUCAUGCUUAUUCUCAUUGUAAUCAUCAUAAUUCUCCUACAUUUUUUUUACCACGUACAUCAACUGAUCCAAAUACAUCAACAUCAAACGGUUUAUAUUCGAUCACAAAUAAUUCAUUUGAAUCACAAUUAAUGAAUAAAAAAAUUCCUAUACGUAGAGGAUCGAUGAUUGUUAGACUGGGUCGAUCUAGUACAGGUGGGGCAACUGUUGCAACUAGUACCAGUUCAUCAAGUACAAAUGGAGUAACUGGAGUCUUACCAGAUUCAUCUGUUGAAGGUGUGAUUGUGACACCAUUUGCUCAAGUGCUUGUUAGCAUGCAACGAAUACGGAAUGCAUUUAUCAGGUUGACCGCUGCUCAAGUAUCAAAUAGAUAUAACAUCACAACUGUAUUUGAUUCUGUUCCAACUGGCAAUCUAACACCAGAUAGUAGUGAUUAUAAAAUAAUUGCAAAUGAAACACUUGAAGAAUUGGAAUGGUGUCUCAAACAAUUGGAAAAUAUUCAGACAAAGAGGCCUGUCUCUGAUAUGGCUUUUUCAAAAUUUAAACGUUUACUCAACAAAGAGUUGAAUAGUUUUGGUGAAGCUGAUAAGUCUAGACAUCAAAUAUCUGCCUAUAUUUGUGAAACAUUUUUAGAAACUGAAAAAGACGUUGAAACUAAUGAAGAGAUUGAUUCUAUGCUGGAAAGACGACGUAGUAGUGGUCAGUCGCACAAUUCAACCAGUGGACAAGAUACAAACACUACAAGUAAAAGACAGUCUUCAGGAACUUGUGAUCCAAAUGUUAAUGUAACCAAUACAAGGACACCGGAUACUCCUUCUUCCCUUUCCUCAUCAGUUAUAAAGACAAGAUUAGGAUCAACUGGAAGUAUGUCAACUGAAUCUCGUAAAAGCGCUCAACUAAAUGAUUCUAGUGGUUUGUUAACAACAAAACUGUCAUCGAGUUCAAAGUCAACGAGUCAAAAUGUAGACGAUGGUAAUGGGCCAUUCCUACCGAUUCAUGGAGUUGAAACGCCCAAUGAUAAUGAGUUAGAGGAAAGAUUCUCGCAGUGUUUGGAUGAAUGGGGUUUAGACAUCUUUGAAAUCGAUCGACUUUCUAAUGGACAUGCCCUUACAACAGUUGCUUAUAGAAUAUUUCAGAAACGUGAUUUACUCAAAACAUUUUGUAUUGAUCCUCGUGUUUUUGUACGUUAUCUGUUAAGAGUUGAAUCAACUUAUCAUGCCGAUGUUCCUUAUCAUAACUCAAUGCAUGCAGCCGAUGUACUUCAAACAGCACAUUUUUUGUUACAAGCGGAAGCAUUAGACGAUGUUUUCAGUGACUUGGAAAUUUUAGCUGUUCUGUUUGCCGCAGCUAUACAUGACGUAGAUCAUCCUGGAGUAACUAAUCAAUUUCUAAUCAAUACUGGUAAGUAGGAAAAGUUAGAAGAUAAAGAAUAUUUAUAUCAAUUUUUGAGGAUUUAUUACAUUUGACAACUACACUUUCUGAUUUCACUAAACUUCUGAAAAACAUUAGUAACCUAAUGGCGGUACUUUUCAGACUUGUAAAUAUAACAGAUUAUUAUGUUUUGAAAUACAAACAGAUAUAUGUAUUGACAUGGGUUAACUUGAGCAGACUAGUUCACAAGAAAUAAGUUGUUUUCAAUAAGCGAUUUAUCUUGAUGUUAUUGUUCAUAUAGCUUUGAUAAAACCUUCCAUUGCGUGGAAAAUAUAUGUCCCUUGUCACCCUUUUUUCUCAGCAACAGAAUUAGUAGACAGUCACUUGUAGAUUAAGGGUAAUGAAGUAAGAAACUACUGUUUCGGUGGUUAAUGUAUUUUACAGUCUAUUCAUGUCCAUAAUUCAAAGUGAAAAUCAUCAAAGAACGGAAGUAUAAAAGAUAAUUGAAGCUGAAAUAUGUUUACUAACAAAUAAAUUAUCAUUAUAACUAUCGUUACUUUAUUUAGAUAAAUGAACAACACC